AAUGGAUCAAUAACAUUAGUAGCAUUUUCAAACUAUAGAAUGUGUUGUUUCUGAAAGAUUAACAAGCAGAGCUAAAUCUUAAAGUAAAGAUACUAUACAAGUCUUAUCACCUAAAUAAAAUAUAGUCUAUGUCAAAAGAUAACCAUAAUAAAUCAUAACAACUACUCAAGCACCUAUCAGAACUGAAACCUUUGUCAAACCUAUUAUUUAAUAAGUACAAAAAGUUUAGGUAGUUGAUAAUAGAGAAGAAGUUGAAUUUUAUAAAAGUAAAUGUCUAAUAUAUGAAAAAUAAAUCAGUGAACUCAACAUUGAAGUUACUAGAUUGAGAUCUAAUCCUACAAUCUAGGAAAAAAUCACUUAUGUUGAAGAUUCACAUAAAGUAGCUGAAUUGGAAAGAUAAUUACAUAUUUACCAAACUGAAAUUAAUAAAAUAACUGCUUAAUUGAAAGAAACAAACUUUGAAAUCGAAACUCUCAAGAUUAAGAAUACUUAAAUUACAUCUUAAUUGGUUUAUUUUUAAUAAUAACACAGUGAUUUUGAUAAAUUAAAGAAAACUUAAAUUGAUAGUGAACAAUAUUAUUAAAAUGAAAUCUAAAGAUUAAAUAUACUUGUCUAAUAGAGCUAAACUUAAUUAUAAUCUUUAUAAGCCACUCUAAUAGAUUCAAAGAAAUAUGAAUAAUUGUACAUCUAACUUUAAUAAACUCAAACAACUUUAACUAAUGAGUUGGAAAGAUGUACCUAGGUAUUGAAGAUCAAACAAGAAGAAUUUGAAACUACAAAAUUAUAGUUUAUAAAAGACUUAGAAAUUUAAUCAUUAAGACUUAAGGAUUUCGAUAGAGAAAAUAAAGAAUUAAAAUAAAGAGAAUAUUCAAUCUAAUAAUAAUUUGAAAGAUUAAAUAAAGAAUACUAAGAUCUAAGUGAUAGAUACAAUAAUGAUAUCAGAUCCAAAAAUGAUGAAAUUGCUAGAUUGACUUCUGUUACUCAAACAUUAUAAUUGACAUUCCAAGAUACUUCUAAAUUUUAAGAAUAUGAACAUAGAUCUAAAUUAUAAAGUGAAGAAAUUUAAUUGCUCAAUUAAAAAAUGAGAAUAAAAUAGGAUGAAAUUGAUAAAUGUAAAUUGCAAUUACAUUAAUACAAUCUUUAAUUAUAGGAAUACUCUAAAUAUGUUGAUUUUGAAUCUAGAUAUAGAAGUAUUUAAUAAGAAUACGACAGGAUUCACAAUACUUUAAGAAUGAAAAUAGAAGAAAAUGAUAAUCUAAGAUCUUGCAUUUCAAAAUUACAAUUAACAAUUAGUGAUAAAUAUAAAUCAAAUGAUUAUGAAAAUAAAAUUGCUUUAUUGAGUUAAGAAAUAGAAAGAUUACACUAAAGUUUAAAAAGUAGGAUGGAUGAAAAUGACAAAUUAAGAUAAGAACUUUACUCAUUUUAAUCAUCACAAAAUGACUAAUAAAUAGCAGUCCUUAACAGUGAAAUUGAUAGGCUCAAUGCACAACUUAGAAGUAAAAGUGAAGAAUUAGAAAAAAAUAGAAGCAAUUUCAAUUAAUUUUAAUAUAACGAAUCAUCAAGACUUAAGGAAUUAGAAUAGAAAAAUGUUGUCUAUUCAAAUGAAAUUGAUAGAUUAAGUAAUUUAGUAAGAGUCAAAAUUAAUGAAUCAGAAUAAUAUAAAUAAGAGUUGGCAAAAGUAAGAGAUUAAUCCUCUAAAUUUACAUAAAUGUACAAUGAUAAUGAAAAAUUAACUUCCUUAAUAAGAACUUUACAAGAUGAAUUAGAUUAAUCUAAAAGAAAAUAGAAACUAGAUGAAUCUUAUCUAUAUAAUGAAAAAAUUUAGGUCUUAAUAUAAGAAUUAGAUUCUUGGAAGACAUAAUUUAUAACUUAAAAUAGAGAAUUUCAUAAAAACUAAGAAUUACUUAUUUUAGCUUAAGCAGAAUUAGAUUCUUUAAAAAAUAAAAGAACUUCAACAUUGAAAGUAUCAAAUUAUUUUUAUAUAUUUUAGACUGAAUAAUAUUCUGAUUGCAAUAAUGAAAAUAAAGUAGAAUUUAAAAAGAAUCAUACUUCAUAACCUAGUUAUAUGUUAGGAAUGUUAAAUACCAAAAAUUGA